AUCAUUCUUUUCCAAUUUGGAUUGGGUGCUAAUGCUCACUACAUUAUUUUGGAGCUAUAUGCCCAAGGAAAUAUCAUUUUAACAGACUCCGAGUUUACAGUCAUGACACUUCUACGAUCACAUAGAGAUGAUGAUAAGGGAUUGGCAAUCAUGUCGCGUCACCGCUAUCCGGUCGAAGCUUGCCGUGUUUUCAAAAGAACCGACUUUUCUAAGUUAAAAAUGUCUCUUACACUAUGCAAAACAUCAGAUUUUAUGGAAGAAUCUGUCCUUACCGAAGGUGGCACCAACUCGUCUAAUUUAUUCGAGCAGACUAAGAACGUGUUGGGGAAGAAUGGGAAAGCUAACGAUGGUGCUCGAUCUAACAAAACUUCUUUGAAAGCAAUUCUCGGUGAAGCAUUAAGCUAUGGUCCUGCACUGGCUGAACAUAUCGUACUUGAUGCUGGUCUUUCACCAACUAUGAAAGUUGGCAAUGACAAUAAAAUUGAUGAGGGGAUAGUUGAUAUUUUGGAGAAAGCUGUAACAAGGUUUGAAGACUGGCUAUUGGAAGUUAUAUCUGGCGCAAAAGUGCCUGAGGGUUAUAUUUUAAUGCAGAAUAAAGUCUCUGAUAAGAAGGGAUCUAUUAAUCUGGAGUCUGCUGUGAACAAGGCAAGGUGGCUUGUAUGUAAAAAGUGAAGUUUAAGUUUAGAUAUGCAAAUACAUAAGAAAU